AUGUCCUCAACCGCCCCAAUCUUCGACUUCAGCCCCCGCACCCUCUGGGCCAACUCCACGCCUCUCGGCACCUGCAAAGCGCUCUCCAUCGUCCUGGGCUUACACAUGCUCCAAGUCGGCCUCUGGGUAUUCUACGAUCCCGUGUCCUGCGUCAAGGCUUUUGGGCUGCGGUAUGAUGGGAGGCUGUCCCACAAGAUACAGACUGCGUCCUCGAAUUUGAAGGACAGAGCCGAGAGCGUAUCGUCAUCGAAAGAGGCGGACGACGAGGGGAAUUUCUGGCCGCUCCUCUUCGCCUGCCGGGAAGUCGCCUUUGGGGCUUUGCUGUUGACGUUCGCGGCGAUGGGCGAGUGGAGGAGUGUGGGCGUUGUGGUGGGUUUUGUGGCGGGGCUUUUGGCUACUACGGAUGGGGUUGCGGCGGGGGUGUAUGGGAAGGAGGGGUGGAGUGGUGCGGUCAAGGGUCAUGGGAUUCCGGCGGUGGUGUUGGGUGGUGUCGCGCGCAACGCUACUAGACCAAAGUUUGUCAUUUUCCAUGCGGCUGAGCAUGAAACGGUCGCGUGGGCGAAACGGGAUCAUCGGGGCACGUUUUUAUUAGCCCCUCAGCCUCAACUCCAGAGGGGAAUGUGUAUCUUUCCCGCCAACCGCUCUCGUUCUGAGGGAGUACUCUCGUUUCCUUGCUCUGAAGCCAAAGCUAUGAUGGCCGCCCUCGUGGCUUUCCUAUCUCUUCCUUUUCUGAGUUUCGUCCGAGCAGCCUCAUCAUCUCAUGGCGUUGGCGACUAUGUGGCACAGGGAGUGGGCAUGAGCCCCGGCUCAAGCAUACCAGGAACGCAGCCUGUUUCAGAAGGCGAACUCACCGUGAGCGGCACGGUUUUGACGGCGACCAAGUUGCAGAAUGGCGAUAUUUUGGUUGCAAAUCAGACCGUGCAUCCUGAUACGACACCGUCGACGACUCCCUCUGCUACUGGGUUUAAUGGGACGGCGAGCGCAAAGAAUGGCAGUGUGGGCGAUUGCUAUGCCUCUUGGAACGACUAUUGGUCUGCAAGUCAAGCAUCGUACGACGCCUCUUUGAGUCAGAAUGAUCUCACGACCGUCGCUACGUCUAUAUGGCUAGUCACCGGCUCUCAGAUCGACUCUGGACACCCAGCAGCUACCUCCACUGCGGUCACAGAAAUUCAUACUGUCAAGAAUAUCGUGAAUGGAGGCUUUACGAUUUCCACUCAAACCAUCGACACCACAUCAAGCACGGUUAUAACGCAGUCGUCAUACGCAGGCACAACUGAGGUGUAUACAAACACGAACACGGAGUACAACACAUCGACGGUCGAAGUGACAAAAGUCCCUCCGAAGCCCACUUGUUCAUUGCCGUCCGUAAUCCCGGACUGUCAGAGUUCUUGGGAGGCGUUUAUCACGAGCAGACUCGUCCCAUCGCCCACUCCGCCUCCUCACUGCGACAUCAAUGCCGGUUUCCUGGCAAACACGAACUCAGUCCCGCCGUGUGCGUCGUCGUACUCGGCUGUCGAAGAGUCAUACUACUCGAAGUAUGAAGGAACUGUCGGAUUCCAGACACCCCUGUGCACUGCAGCCUCGAUCGGAGGUCCUCUGUGCCAGACGGUGAGGGACAAAUAUCAGCUGGAUGGCGCCUUCAGACCUGGUAUUGCUAAUGCCGGUGAAGCGUUUUUCUUCAACCAGGGUACGCUAGGCUUCUAUAAUGGCUAUAGCACCAGCUGGGUCUGGCCAACAUCGUCGACCAUGGGACAAGCUCCAAGCUGCACGCUCGGUUGCGGAAGAUGUGCAGUGACGGGUGGUACCGUGCAGCUCAUCUACUGGCCUGCCACGGCGACGCAGAGCAACAAUGCCUCAGCGAAGGCGAGCCCAACUCCACCUCCAAUCGUCACUGUAGAGACGUUAGGCACGACUUUUACUUCUCCAACGCUGUACAUCUCCUACAAAUCGCUGUAUGCGGCCAACGCCUGCGGGACGAUUGGAAAGGAGAUCGGAGAGACAAUCCUCGCCAUCCCGCCCGACAAACCUCUCUCCUCGGUCUACGCCGGCACAGUUCCCUGCGACGCACACUUCCGCCCAACACAAGUCUGGACCGCAACCGCGCCCUUCACAGUAGAGGACUUGUACCACGACCCCGUCCCAUACAGCAUCUACUCCUCGCAGCCCUGGUGCCAAACCUACGCCCGCGAGCACGCCUGCACCGAGACAUGUCCCACAACAGCCCCCUACAAGCCAAUCCUCGUCGUCAACAACGACUUGCUUCGAGGGCUGCAGGACGACUGGACGGAUUGCUGGGGCGAUAUCCGCGGCGUGUACGAUCCUCCUCUUGCUCUUACGGAGGCGAAGACGGAGAAUAAGCCUAUGAAUACAUUUGGUGCUCUGGCCCAGCCCGCGACGCCUGCGACGGGUCCGGCGCCGAAUACUGCUGUCCCUACUGCGGCUCCGGAUAAUGCUCCUGUCAGUGCGAAUGGUGAGCCUGUGCCGUCGGUUCCUAAGCAGCCGGAUUCACCGAGUCCUCAAAAGAGCGAUGCUCCUGCUCCGAAGCCAGAGCAGUCCCAGGGUCCCACACCAAAUGCGAGUCCAGAUGCUCCACAGCCUGCACAGUCAGAGGGCCCAAGUCCGAAUGAGAGCCCCAAUGCUCCAUCACCGACAGGUCAUCAACAACAAGAUCCUCAACAGGACACUAGCCCGCCUGCUCCAUCGCCAUCAGGUCAUCAACAAGAUCCUAGCCCACCUGCUCCAUCGCCAACUGAUCAUCCGCAAGAUCACCCACAGGAUCACCCACAGGAUCCCAGCCCGCCAGCGCCCUUGCCGUCAGGCUCUCAACCGAAAGUCGUUCAGGCAGACCCGCAAGCUAUCUCUUUGUCGCCCGUCGCACAACCAAAUGCUGUUCAGGUUGUCAACGAAGAUCACUCUGCAAUUCUCACCGCAGGCGGCCCAGCUGUCACAGUCGGGAGCCAGAUCAUGAGCGCUGGACCAUCGGGUAACAUCGUCGUGGGCACUGGACAAGACGCUAGCACCAUCAACGCCGCUCAAGCACCAAAUGGCAUGUCCUUCUCCCCAGUGACCGACCACCAAAGCGCAAUCCAAGUCGUCAACGGAGAUCAUACUGCAACACUUACGCCUGGUGCAUCUGCCGUUACAGUAGGCAGCCAGAUCAUGAGUGCGGGGUCCUCAGGCGCGGUAGUCGUAGGCACAGGCAAGGACGCCAGCACAAUCGACGCUGUCCAAGCACCCACGGCAGCGACAUUCCCCGCUCAAGCGUACACCAUGUCAGAGCUACCAGGUGACUCGAGCGCCGUGCAGGUCGUCAACGGAGGCAAGACGGAGACUCUGACUCCAGGAGGCCCUGCUGUCACAGUAGGAAGCCAAGUUUUAAGCGCUGCAUCUUCUGGGCGUGUCGUUGUUGGGACAGGUAGCAGCGCUAGCACCGUUGAUGUGGUGCAGACAUCGUCUACGGGUAGCUCGUCCAGCACUUCGGGCACUUCGAGCACACGUUCGAGCACAACGACAGGAAAUCGGCCCACGGGCACUACUGCGGCAGCUGCGUCGUCAAGCAGUGCUGGCUCGAGGCGGAUCCUUGCGUCCUCGGGGCUGGGUGUAGUUGUAUUGCUUUUUGGUGUUUUCGCACUUUAG